AUGAACAUAGCAAGGAAUAUACCUAUAAUAGUACAUACUCCAGUAAGCAGUUUUCGAGGCGUUCGUGCUCAGGACGGCAAUUACUCUAUGUUCCUUGGUAUCCCGUACGCGAGAAUUGAUCCGAAAAACGUUUUUGGUUCUCCUAUACCACACAAAUUCGAAGGGAUAUUUGAAGCAGUCGAUGAUACCUCAAGAUGUCCUCAAAUUGAAGAAUAUAACCAGACAAUAACUGGGACACUGGACUGCCUACACGUCAACAUUUACGUACCGAACAGCGCCAGUAUUCAUAAUCCCUUGCCCGUUAAGAUCCAUAUAUUUGGGGGCACUUACAUAUUUGGAUUUGCAAGCAGAUACGUCUACGGACCACGCUUCUUGGUCAGACAUGACGUUAUUUUCAUUACUUUGAACUAUCGUCUUGGCCCGUACGGAUUUAUGUGUCUAAACACUUAUAUAGUGCCAGGGAAUCAGGGUUUGAAAGAUCAAGUACAGGCACUACGCUGGAUUAAAGAAAAUAUACGAUAUUUUGCCGGAGAUGACUCCAAAAUAACUAUAGCGGGAAACAGUGCAGGUGGACAAUCUGUGGAUUUGCAUCAGUACUUUCUGCAGGAACCACUUUAUAAUAGAGUUAUUUUGCAAAGUGGCGUUGCAUUGAAUCGUCCACUUCAUAUUAGGGAUCCUGAACCAUAUGCUCCUAUAAAAUUAGCAAAUCUGUUGAAUUAUACAACAAAUAAUAUUAACGAUGCUUUAUCAUUUCUUAACAAAGUGGAGCCACAUGAACUUAUUGCUGCAACAAGAGAUUCUGGUGUAUUUCUUGGACCGUGUGUUGAAAAGCGAUUCGAAAAUGUUAAUAAUAAGUUCUCAAAUGAAACAAAAAUGAUUGUCCGGUUGUUUUAUUAUGGUGACGAUGUUCAACGUGAAGAUAAUAGGAGACAGGAAAUUAAUGUAGGUGCCGAUUUUGUUUUUCACAGGCCGAUAUUUAGAACUGUUAGAAAAUAUUUGGAAAGUGGCCUAAACAACACGUACUUCUAUAUGUUUUCAUUUUGUAGUGAAAAGAAUUACUAUAACCCUUAUAGUGUAGUAAAUGAAGCAAGUUGUUGUGGUGCCGUUCACGCUGAUGAACUGGGAUAUUUAUUCGAUUGUUCUUUCAUGAAAGAACGAUUGCGUGAUGAAGAUAUGCUUAUUGGGGACAGGAUGACCGAACUUUGGUCUAAUUUCGCUAAAUAUGGAAAUCCAACACCAAAACCAUCUAAGUUGAUUCCUCUUCAAUGGCCUCGCGUAACCCAGGACAAACCGCAAAAAUUGUAUGCAGGUGACAGCUGUCACUCUACCCAAGAUUUGCAAUAA